AUGAAACUAUUAAUGGUUGCGUGGAUCCAUAUCGACCGCCAGAUGAUCCUCACUAUACAUCGUCAUGUCAUAACGCGGUUGGCAAGAUUCAGCGUAUCUCACGACAAUGCCAUGACUUGGCUUCUUCACGUCAGUCAAGUACAGCAAGAAGAUCGGGGAUACUACAUGUGUCAAGUCAACACCAACCCAAUGAUAAGUCAAGUGGGAUAUCUCCAAGUUGUGGUGCCUCCGAAUAUACUCGAUGAUGAGAGUACCCAGUCAGCAGUUGCAGUCAGGGAGAAUCAAAACAUAAGUCUUGUGUGCAAAGCUGAUGGAUUCCCAACACCUAAGAUCAUGUGGCGUCGUGAAGACGGACAACCGAUAUCUGUAGAAAGAAGAAAGAAAGUGACAGUGUACGAGGGUGACAGCCUAAGCCUACAACGCAUCAGCCGUACAGAGAUGGGAGCGUAUCUUUGCAUCGCCACGAAUGCGGUGCCUCCUUCAGUUUCCAAGAGGAUAAUCGUCGAUGUUGAAUUUUCGCCAAUGAUUUGGGUUCCCAAUCAACUGGUCGGAGCACCAGCAGGAACUGACGUUACAGUUGACUGUCAUACUGAGGCCCAUCCUCGAGCAAUAUCAUAUUGGGUUUAUGAUAACGUGAUGGUGUUACCUACCAAGAAAUAUGCCGUUACUACAGAAGAAAAUUCCUACAGAGCCCACAUGAAGCUGACUGUCAGAAACCUUCAAACUGGUGACUUUGGGAAUUACCGAUGUAUUUCGAAAAAUUCUCUCGGGGAAACCGAAGGUUCCAUUAGAUUAUAUGAAAUCCCUAUGCCGUCGACGUCCCCGAAGGCGACAGAGAUGAAAAGCACCGCUAACAAAGAGAGCGUACGGCGGGUGAACGUUAGCCGCGCGAUUCAGCGUGAGGUGACCGAGCGGCCAAGCGUGGUGCGCGCGCAGCUCGAUCGCGCGCCCGAGCGUGAUGCCGCGCACCACGUGUAUCGCGCCCCACACCCACAACAUGCCUCAGGAACAAGUCCUCAUCGAUGUUGGCAGCAGUCGUUCUUCGUUAUAAUUAUGCUUGUGCAAAUGUUUUUUAUUAGACUUGUGUGA